AUGGCUCUAGUUGUACACGACAACAAUGAAACGUCGGUGGAAUGGAAUAUCGAGUGCAAAAUUCAAGAUAAUACGUACGGGCUCUGGGAUUUACUACCGGCCGAGGGAUCUAAAAAUAGCUUCCAUCUUGCGGCGAAAUGUCCUGAUGGCACCUAUACAUUUGUAGAUAUUUUGGAAAAUAGGCGUAAUUUCCAACAAGCCACCCCCGACACCAUCAGCAAGAAUUGGGCGUCUGCCAUCUUCAUCUCAACAGAAGCGGUUGUUUGA